GGAAACCGUGACACAGCCUAAUGGCAUACGAACAACGACAAACACUCAAAAGGAUCUGGCCGAGCAGAACAAUGGAAUAAUGACGCCCCCAAUGUCUCCCAUAAAGAAUUCAAUGGAUUCUAAACGACAUUCAGCAAACGUAGCAGCUGGUCAAACUGGGUUACCUUGGUUAGCGAGAGAUGCAGAAGGUGAUCAUUUUCAUCCGCACCAGCAACAAGAGAGCCCACCUCCGAAGCUUUCUGCCAAGCCUGCAUCUAUUGUACGUAUUCCUACCAGAAAGAGAACCAUUCAGAGACAUGCGUAUCGUAUGAAAGAUGGACUAGAUCCAGUCAAAGUGCUAUGUGAUAGAAUAAAAACUUGGCAAGUGUCUGUCAAAUACUUGAUGAAUUUAUUUAGCCGAGUCAAAAAUGUAGAAGCUACGACAGGCAGGGGCUACAGAAGGAUUGACGCAAAGUUUAUGAUUCCAAGCAAGAUGCAAGAUCAAUUCAAGUCUUCAAAUGGAGUUCAAGAUGCAUGGAUGGCAUUUCGUCAGUUUGCGAGAGAAAACAGUUUGAUUCACCAAGACUUUGUUGACUUUAUCGAGAAUGAGAUAAUUCCUACUUUGAGCCUUAUGUUAAAGGAUAUGCAUCAUUUUAUGCAGUCGUUGUUGUAUGACAAGAAUUUGAGGACAGCAUCCCUUUAUGAUUGUCGUAAAAAGGCAGACAAAAUGCUAACGAGACUAAAUACUGAAAUCUACAAUUUGGCAAGUAAUCGAGAAGACUCUAUCAAAAGUGGAAAAGGCCCCUACUUGAUUCCAAAUAAAGAUCCCUUGUUGACGAAAUAUGCUGUUAUGAACACAAUUGCUGAUCUUUAUAAACAUGAAAACCGUCUACAUAAAAACUUUUUAGAGGUUCAAGAUAAAUACAGGCAAUUUGAGCAAGCAAAAAUUAUUAAUGUCUACACAAGUCUCUUUCAGAGGUUUGAAGCUUACCGUUCUGAACAUGGACUGGAACGAUCAGAGGGUGUUUCUAAAAUUGUCAAUAUUUUCAACGCGAUCGAGACAGACUCUGAAUGGUACGAAUUCUUACAUCAUCACGAUAACGAAUUAGUGAAGCCAUCGGCUGCAUUUAAAGAUGAGCAUGCGCUUGAAUUUCCAAAUGAAUCUCACCCGCUUGUGCAACCUUUAAUCAUGGGUGACAUAAAGCGUAAAGUUGGUUCUUCAAAAUGGCACAACGAGUAUUACGUAUUGAGUGCAGUCGGUGUACUCUAUUGCUUCAACUCAGAAAAGGACUUCUAUCGUCGACCUUACCAAUACAAGUUUAGCAUCUUUGUUCCAAAAUCGAACUUAUUAGUCAACCCAACAAGUCAAUUGGUUGAAUUUACUGGCAAGUCUCUUGGCCUUUUUGGAAAAAAGAAGAUACUUCAUAUGACUACAACCAAUCCGCAAGAUAUCACUCACUGGGUGAGCGUUAUGGGCCCUAUAGCAAAUUAUCAGCAACUUGUUCCUUCUAAUCAGAAUCCAGCUACCAAUACGAAUAUCAACAACCACCGAGCUGAUACAGCCACUCCUGUUGUCAAUAAUAAAGCAGGCUCCAUUCAAUCCAAGAAAGAAGAAGGUGAGUCGAGUGCUGAUACAACACAAAAAGCCCAAAAUGAGCAAUCUGCAAGAUUCGAUGGUCAAUCUCCCAUUUUAUCAAAGGGCCAUUUAGUGGAAGAGCAUGAGCCUAUCGCUGAACAGCCAGAUGUCUCAGCGAGCAAUUCAAACAUGGAUGCAGUUACAGAUGAGAGCCAUAAAAAGGAACAAGCCCCAUUAAGACAACAAAACGAUGUACUUUACGAUACUCACACAUAAAUCUAAUCUUUUACGCAUUUAUCUAAUAAAUAAUCAUGCUAGUCAAACUUGUGAAUCUUGAAAGAUACUAUCUGUGUAUAUCACUGUCCCAGUCGAUGGCAUAUAUGUGAGCAGUUGUACGACUAACUGUACUCUCUUUGCUAUCUUUACUGUUGAGAUUAUUUGGUCUUGACAAAUACUUUG